GUCACGGGGGCGGGGAGGGGGGGUUAGUAUGGGAGUGGGGGUGGGUGAGGGGACCAGCAGCCGGAUUGGCUUCCUCUCUGCCCCCGAAGAAUAACUUCUUUGAAUGCAAAGAGGUGGGGUUGUGGGGGAUCUGGCGUUAAGGGUUCUUAUGGGUGGGACCCAGAGACAGGAGUGAAGGGAGGGAGUGGUCCGCGGGUGGGAUCUGUGGAGCAGACAAAAUGUGGGGCCCCUGUCCCUUGAAGUUCAACUCGUCUCUUCCUGAGCGAAGAGCAAGGCAUCCUUAGUGCCUCUCCCAGGGUCACGUAGAAGAGAGGGUAGCAACCAGGAUAACCGUGGACAGCGGAAAAAGCGAGACAUGUUCUCCACCAAACCGUCUCAUGCCCUCGCUCCGGAAGAGCGCUGCCGCCCAGCCGGCGUCCCGGAGCGGGUAAGAUCUACGAACCGCGCUCUGCCACCAAACAGGUCCGAUGACCUCUCAGUCUGGAUGAAUUCAGGGUCAAUCCCUCCUGUCCCGCCCCCUCCUUUCCUCCGGUGCCACCUUCUUCCCCUGCUCUCGUGAGCUUCGGCUUUUCCAGCCCCACACUCAGCGCCCUGCAACCAAUUCUUCUCCCGCGCACGGUCCUCCACCCGGGUUCCCCAGCGUCCAGGACCCUCCCACGGUCAUGGGUAGGGUUUCCUUUAGCGCUCGAGUCCGGUCGGUCCGGAGACCACGCUCUCCUUGCCAGGGGCGUUGCCAUAUCCCCUGUAGGGGCGUCUUCACUGUCCCUCUUCCACCCGGCGCUCUCCACGCAUCAGGUGGACUCGGCAGCGCCCAGGCACCUGUGGAGGCUGCUGAAAGAGCCGUCGGAACCAGCCUCUCGAGGGUCCACGGCUCUGCUGCGCCAGCGUCGCCGGCGCCCAGCAUCUGGAAGGACGGUGCAGCCUCGCCUGCCCCAGACGUCUUGGGAGCUGAUGCCAGUAACAUGGGUGAUGGCUGCUCUCAGAAGCUGGCGACUGUUAAUAUUCUGCGUUUCCUAUUGCUGGUCCUGAUUCCGUGUAUCUGUGCCCUCAUUGUCCUGCUGGUGAUCCUGCUCUCCUUUGUUGGAACACUGAAAAAGCCUAUUUUAAAUCAAAUGGGAGUGAACCUUUGGUCACUGAUGGUGAAGUCCACGUGUCUGACGGUAUUCUUCCAAAUACAGUUCCUAAUGAGAGCACUGGGGUAUCUGCUGUCCGUCCCACCCCACACAUUCCAGCCUGGACGACAGAUGCUGCUUUCCCAGGGGACCGAAAUCACAGGAACACAAGUGCCUGCCUGAACAUCACCCACAGCCAGUGUCAGAUGCUGCCCUACAACACCACGCUGAUACCUCUCUUCCCACUUGUCAAAAGCAUGGAAAUAGAGAAGUUCCUCAAGUUCUUCACGUAUCUCCAUCGCCUCGGCUGCUAUCAACAUAUCUUGCUUUUUGGCUGCAGUCUUGCCUUCCCAAGUGCGUCGGUGAUGGUGAUGACAGUCAUGGACUCCUGCCCUGUAGGUCCUUCUGUGAAGCUGCAAAAGAGGGCUGUGAGUCAGUCCUGGGGAUGGUGAAUGCCUCCUGGCCCGAUUUCCUCAAGUGCUCCCAGUUUAGAAACCAAAGUGAAAGCAGCAACGUCAGCAGGAUCUGCUUCUCACCACAGCAGGAAAAAGAAA